UAUAUGACAUCAUACUACUUUUGCCUUCUUUGCACUUUUCUUUGUAAACAUUCUAUUUCAUAAAUUUCUCUUUUUUCUUAAAUAUAAUAAUUUAUAAUUUUCUGUAUUCCUUGCUGUAAAAUUAUGUUAGAAACUUUUCAUUAUUUUUUAAUAUUAAUCAUUUCAUAGCAUUAUAUUCUUAUAUCUAUUAAUAUACAGGAUGUCUUAUAGUUUCUUUGCGACGGUACAAUACUGUAAGCCCAAAUUGCAAACAUCACAAUAUAGGCAAAUAAGAAAUCUGAGGAGAUCACAGAUUUCUCUUAAGCAGCCAGAGUCCCCUUUUCUAAAUGUUCACAUCGAAACUGGAACUAUACAACCUGCGAGAUUGUGGAAACAUCUCGGUUUCACCAUCAUGUUUAGCAGUGCCUCUAUGGUUGGUGCUGCAAUUUGGGAAUAUGAACGUAUCAGAAGCCAGACAUAUAAAAUAAUCCAACGUUACAGACAGUUUCGAACUAAUCGAACAGGAUGGAGGGGCGAAAUGGAGAUAUGGUGGAGAAACUUGACAGAAGGACAGAAAAUGUUUGUGCCUAUAUGUUUUAUAAAUACAGUCAUAUUCUUAGCUUGGCGAGUGCCAGCAUUGCAGAAGUCGAUGGUGCGUUAUUUUUGUGCCAAUCCUGCCUCCAGUGCAGCAUGCUGGCCUAUGGUACUUUCCACCUUUUCACAUUAUUCCAUAUUUCAUCUGGCUGCAAAUAUGUAUGUAUUACAUAGCUUCAGCACGAUAGCUGUGUCAGCAUUGGGAAAAGAGCAAUUUUUAGCUGUCUAUUUAUCGAGUGGAGUGAUAGCCAGUUUUGCUAGUCAUGUGUACAAAACAAUAUUUGGUGUGCCAGGCCUUUCUUUGGGAGCGUCAGGAGCAAUUAUGGGCAUUCUUGGAUUUAUCUGUACACAAUAUCCUGACAUUCAACUUAGUAUCAUUUUUCUUCCUAUGUUCACAUUUACAGCUGGUAUGGCAAUCAAAGGAAUAAUGGCUAUGGAUGUUGUUGGUUGCAUCUUAGGAUGGAAAUAUUUUGAUCACGCUGCACAUUUAGGUGGUGCAUUAUUCGGAAUAUUCUGGCAAGCUUGGGGCAAUGCUAAUAUCUGGCAAAAGCGGGAACCACUUCUCACCCUUUGGCAUGGGUUGCGAGAAUCUCGUAAAUGAUAUUUUCCCUAUUCUAGAUUUUUAUUUAUAUUAUAUUCUAUUCACAAAUUGCAAAGUUUCUAUUAUGUUGCAAGAACAAAUUUGCGAAAAAUGUAGAUAUGCAUUAUAUAUUUUUAUUAUUUAUAUAUCGUUUUUACAUGAUGAAAUAUAACUUUAUUAUUUUUCAAAAAAGCAAUAAGCUAUAGAAAUUAUAUCAAAAUA